AUGUUCCCAGGAGUUUUCCUUACCAUCACGCUCGGAUUAAUUACAAUCUUCACAAGUUACCUCGUGGGACAAGUCAAAUUGGCCUACCCUCAAGUCUCUCACUACGCCGAUGCUGGAACACUCUUGUUCGGAAGAUUUGGCUAUGAACUGUUUGGCGCUGCCAUGGUUCUCGAGCUCGUGAUGUCUGUUGGUUCGCACGCCCUGACUGGCAGCAUCGCUCUGAGCACUUUGAAUGGGAAUCACGUCUGCUCUAUUGCUUUUUCGGCUGUAUCUGCGUUCAUCCUGUUUUUGCUGGCUAUACCGCCUUCAUUUACUGAGAUUGCUAUACUUGGAUACAUCGACUUUGCAUCAAUUAUCGCUGCCAUUGGAAUUACUAUUAUCGCUACAGGCAUUAAAGCACGAGACUCUCCAGGCGGUCUUUCUGGCGUGGAGUGGUCGACGUGGCCUCGAGAGGGUGUUACAUUCUCCGAGGCUUUUGUGGCAGUAAGCAAUAUUAUCUUUGCUUUCAGUUUUGCCAUUGGCCAAUUUUCGUUCAUGGACGAGAUGCAUACUCCAAAGGACUUCAUGAAAUCUAUCUGGUCAUCUGGUAUUGCUCAAAUCAUUAUCUAUACGUUGACGGGUGCACUCUGCUAUGCAUUCAUCGGGCCGUCAAUCCAAUCUCCCGCAUUACUAUCGUCUGGCCCUCUUAUAUCCAAGAUCACGUUUGGCAUUGCGCUGCCUGUCAUCUUUAUCUCUGGCUCCAUUAACUCGACGGUGGCUCUUCGAUAUAUACAUGGUCGUCUUUGGAAGAAAUCGAUCAUUCGAUAUGUAAAUACUCCCAAGGGCUGGGCUUGCUGGAUUUCGCUCGCGGCAUUCUUGACAAUUAUUGCCUGGGUUAUUGCUGAAGCUAUUCCCAUCUUUUCUGAUCUACUUUCCCUUGUUUCGGCACUAUUUGUUACUGGAUUUUCUUACUGGAUCCCUGCUAUUAUGUGGUUUAAAUUGCUUUGCAAGGGCAACUGGUUCUCACGAAAGAAUAUCCUCAUUACCCUUGGAAGCACACUGGCGUUUAUAAUCGGGGUUGUGGCUCUUGUUGCCGGCACUUACGCCACUAUUGAUGAUAUUAUUCGGGAAACAUCUAAUGGAAGCACAACCCGCCCCUUUUCUUGCAGAAGAUAA